CCCUCAUCCGCCCUGGAGCAGCUCACCAUGCUGCGCGCUUCUUUGCUAAGGACAAGGCCAAUUGCACCCGCUGCUGGCCUUCUCCAAUGGCGCGUGGCCAACCGCUUCUUCGCCGAUAGCAAGAAGCCGGACGAGACGGUCCUGCCCGGCUCCCAGAGCGCGAAAACAAACAUCGAGAUACCCUCCCCGACACUCUCUACGAGCCCUGCGAAUCCAUCUGGCGUGUCAGCAAGCACAAUUGCGGCUUCAGAGGUUCCCAAGACUCCCCCGACACCGCAAGAAGUCCGCUCAGCUCCGGUCGCCCAGCCCGCGACCACCCCCCCUACCGGCACAGGCUCCGCGAGCGUAGCACCACCCCCAUCCGCCCCGAAACCGAAGAAGCGACGGUUCAGACGCUUCCUGCUCCAAUUGCUGAUUCUGUCGGCUCUGGGAUACGCUGGAGGUGUGUGGUAUUCGCUCGUUUCCGACAACUUCCACGACUUCUUCACCGAGUACAUACCCUUUGGCGAGGAUGCUGUAGGAUUCUUCGAGGAGCGCGAAUACCGCAAGCGCUUUCCUGGGCAAAACGUCCAGCAGCGACUACACCCACAGCUCAGUGGCGAGCAGAAGGUCACAAUUCCUAGCAAGCAUGGUCUGACGUCCCGAAUUGCGGGCGAAGGGGAAGGGAGUGGCAGCAACUUGUCGUCGAGCGGACCACAUGUGAGCGCGUUGGAAGACGACAAGUCGAGGAAGCCCGAUCCGUCGGGGGAGACCCCCAAAGUUGGUUCAACAGCUCCGCUAGACGCGGAGAAGCCAACCGAGUCUCUUACCCACGAUCUGCUACCAAAGGCUGCCAUGAUCGACAACCUGGACAUUCCAUCUGCCAAGGAGCCUGUGGUUCAAGACGUAGUCAAGAUACUCAACGACCUCAUUACCGUCAUCAACGCCGAUUCAGCUGCCUCCAAAUACAGCUCUGCGAUAGACAAAGCGAAAUCGGAGCUCGGCAAAGUCAUCUCGGAUAUUACAGCUCUCAAGGAACAAGAACAAAAGGCCGCCGAGGACAAGAUCCGCUCUGCUCACCUGGAAUUUGAUACAGCUGCCAAGGAGCUGGUUCGGCGACUUGAGGCUCAGAUGCACGAACAGGAAAGCCACUGGAAAGACGAGUUCGAGGCGGAACGCGAGCAGCUCGCCCAGACGUAUAAGCACAAAUUGGAUUCGGAGCUGGAAGCAGCAAAGAAGCUCUACGAACAACGUGUGAAGAACGAGCUUCUCGAACAGUCCAUUGCCCUACAGAAGGCCUUCAGCUCAUCUGUCCGCGACCGCGUUGAGUCAGAGCGUGACGGCCGGCUUUCCAAGCUCAAUGAGCUCUCCUCCUCGGUACAGGAACUAGAAAAGCUAACAUGGGAAUGGAACUCGGUCAUCGACGCGAACCUGAAGACCCAACACCUCGUGGUUGCUGUUGAAGCCGUCAAAGCCAAGCUCGCAAAUGCCGAGACUUCCACGCCGUUUGUUAACGAACUGGCAGCCCUGAAGGAGAUCGCCUCAGACGAUCCAGUCGUUUCUGCCGCCAUUGCCAGCAUCAAUCCUGCAGCAUACCAGCGUGGAGUUGCCACACCUGCACACCUCAUCGAUCGCUUCCGCCGCGUUUCAGCCGAGGUCCGCAAGGCUGCUCUGCUCCCCGAAGACGCGGGCAUCGCCUCGCAUCUCGCCAGCCUGGCCAUGUCCAAGUUCCUCUUCAAGAAAUCUGGGCUUGCUGUGGGUGCGGACGUCGAGGCUGUCCUCGCCCGCACGGAGGUCUUACUUGAGGAAGGCGACUUAGACGGCGCCGCACGAGAGAUGAAUGGGUUGGAGGGGUGGGCUAAGGUGCUGAGCCGCGACUGGCUUGGGGAGGUCAGGAGGGUGUUGGAAGUGCGCCAGGCUCUCGAUGUCAUCAGCACGGAGGCCAGGUUGCAGAGUUUACUCGUUGAAUAG